ACGUGACCUCCUUAAUUAAUACACAAACCUUCUUUGCAUGUAUAAAUAAAGCAUUUACCAAAAUAAAGGUCUUAAUCACAACAUUUAAUUAAAAAUUUACGAAACCAAAAAAAAAAAAAGAAUGUCUAGUUUUCUAAGGAAGAAGCUACAUCUCUGCUUCUCCUCCUCCGGUGGUAUCUCACCGGCGAUUCCUUCUUCUCCGAUCAUCGUCUCCAACCACAACGCUCCAUCUUCUCAUCAUCAUCACCACACUCCCUCAAUCUUCAUCAACAACUUCAACUCUCUCUACGAUCACCUCUCUGUUUCCUCCCCUCUCCACCGCCGCCACAGUUCCGAUAACCCCGCCGGACUAUUCUCCUCCUCUAACCGCCUCGACAACGAAGAACAAGACGAAGAUUCCGCAGUCGUGUCAAAGAUUUUAAGCGGCGGAACGGCUAUAAUGAAACAUAUAGACUCACCGGAUCCGUACAGAGACUUCGGACGGUCGAUGAGAGAGAUGGUGGAAGCUAGAGAUUUAACGAGAGACGUCGCCGCCGAUAGAGAGUACUUGCACGAGUUGUUAUUCUGUUAUCUCUCUUUAAAUCCGAAACAUACUCAUAAGUUCAUCGUCUCUGCUUUCGCCGAUACACUCCUCUGGUUACUUUCUCCGUCGUCGUCGUCGUCGGAGAAUUAUUUUCUAUUACAAUCAAAUUAAAAAUUUAAUUCCUCUCUAAUUAAAUAUUUGGGCCUAUGGGCUAUACAAAGGCCCAUCACUGUAGCAACUGUUUAACUGUACUCAUUUUUUUUUGUAUCUGAUCAAUAAUAUUUCGAUAUAUCUGGAUUAUCCUCAAAACGAA